AUGACGAACUCCAUGGACAUGAUGAAAGUAGCUGUAAUUCAGAAACCACCACUUUCUUCUCCUUCCGUCUUGCCUCCAACACUUCUACAACCCACCCUUGAACAAACCAGGCAAAUCCAUGCUCUCAUGGUCAAAACCCACUUCAAUGAUGCCAACCUUAGUCUUUCAGCACAAUUUAAUUUCCUUAUCACAUCUUACACUAAAAACACCCAACCCCAUACUGCACUUGACAUCUAUGCUUAUUUGAGAAGAUUGGACUAUGAAGUUGAUAACUUCAUGGUCCCUGCUGUCCUCAAAGCUUGCAGUUUUGUUUCAAUGACCCAAUUGGGAAAAGAAAUACAUGGUUUCUCUGUGAAGAGUGGAUUGACUGAAGAUGUUUUUGUAAGUAAUGCUUUGAUACAAAUGUAUAGUGAAUGUGACAGUGUGGUCUCUGCCAGGUUGUUGUUCGAUAAUAUGCGUGAAAGAGAUGAUGUUUCUUGGAGUACAAUGAUUAGAAGCUAUGUUAGAAGCAAAUUGCACAGGGAAGCAUUGGAGACUAUAAGAAAGAUGCAAACUUUACAAAUAAGACCCAGUGAAGUUGCCAUGAUUAGCAUGGUAACUUUAUUUGCAGACCUCGUGGAUAAUGAAAUGGGAAAAGCGAUGCAUGCUUAUGCUACAAGGAAUCUUGAGAAAAUGGGUGUUCGUUUAGCUACCGCUUUCAUUCAUAUGUAUGCCAAAAGUGGGAAUUUAGCUUCUGCAAGACUGCUUUUCAAUGGAUUGAAUCAGAAAAGCAUUGCUUCAUGGACUGCUAUGAUUACUGGAUAUAUUCAUUGCAAUAAAUUAGAAGAGGGAAUGAAUCUUUUUGCUAGAAUGAUUGAAGAAAGGAUUAAGCCAAAUGGGAUCACUUUGCUGAGCUUAGUUGUAGAGUGUGGUUUUCUGGGGGCUCUUGAACUGGGGAAACAGCUACAUGUUUAUAUUGUGAGAAGUGACAUUUAUAUGUCUUUGGCUCUAGCUACAGCUUUGGUUGAUAUGUAUGGGAAUUGUGAGGAUAUAGAGAAUGCUAAAGCAGUUUUUGACUCAGUUGAGAACAAAGAUGUUACGAUCUGGAGUGCUAUGAUUGCAGCUUAUGCAAAAGCUCAUUGCACAGAUCAGGCUUUUGAUCUUUUUGUCAAGAUGAGGGACAAUGGAGUGACGCCUAACCAAGUGACAAUGACGACCAUGCUUUCACUUUGUGCAGAGGUUGGAGCCCAUGAUAUGGGAAAAUGGGUUCAUACUGUCGUACAAAGGCAAGGUGUCGAAAUGGAUACGAUAUUAAAAACCGCACUUUUGGAAAUGUAUGCCAAGUGUGGAGACAUUGAUGGAGCUUGGAAAUUAUUCAGUGAAGCUAAAGAUCGAGAUAUUGGCAUGUGGAAUGCAAUGAUGGCAGGAUUCGGGAUGCAUGGAUGUGGUAAGGAGGCUUUGGAGCUACUAUCCAAGAUGGAAAGAGUGGGUUCUAGGCCUAAUGAUAUCACAUUUAUUGGUCUUCUUCAUGCUUGUAGUCAUGCAGGGUUGGUAGAAGAAGGGAAGUUGAUGUUUGACAAAAUGGUUCAUGAAUUUGCAUUGGUUCCAAAGAUUGAGCACUAUGGUUGUAUGGUGGAUCUUCUUGGUCGAGCAGGACGACUAGAUGAGGCCUAUGACAUUAUCAAAAACAUGCCUAUAAGGGAAAAUGCCAUUAUAUGGAGUGCUUUUCUUGCUGCAUGCAAGCUUCACCGGAAUGCUGUAUUAGGGGAAAUAGCUGCAAGGCAGCUUGUUCACCUGGAACCUCAAAACUGUGGUUAUAAUGUUUCAAUUUCAAAUAUAUAUGCAAUGGCAAACAGGUGGAAUGAUGUUGCAGGGGUGAGAAAAGCAAUGAAGAGCAAGGGAAUGAGGAAAGAACCAGGGCUCAGCUGUAUUGAAGUAAAUGGAUAUGUUCAUGAGUUCAUAAUGGGAGAUAGGACACACCCUGAAAUCGAAAAGAUAAAUGUUAUGGUAUCUGAUAUGGGAAACAAGCUGAAGGAGGCAGGGUACAGAGCAGACACAUCUGCGGUCCUUAAAAAUAUAGAUGAGGAAGAGAAAGAAACUGCACUUAACUAUCACAGUGAGAAACUGGCAAUGGCCUUCGGCCUCAUUAGCACAGCCCCAGGGACUCCAAUUCGGAUUGUGAAAAAUCUGAGAGUUUGUAACGAUUGUCACACUGCGACUAAGCUGCUGUCUAAAAUAUAUCAGAGAGUAAUAAUAGUACGUGAUCGGAAGCGCUUUCACCACUUCAGAGACGGAACCUGUUCCUGUGGAGAUUACUGGUAGCACUACAGUUGAGAAUGUAUGUUUCAAGAACACAGUGAAGAGAUGUACAGUA